AUGUCCGAAGACUUGGACUCGAUCAGCGAGGAAGAACAAAGUUUGUUCCGACCUUUCACUAGAGAGUCAUUGGCCGUUAUCGAAGCCCGCAUAGCUGAGGAGCAUGCCAAGCAAAAAGAACUCGAAAAGAAACGCGCUGAAGGCGAGACCGAUUUGGGGCGGACGAAAAAGAAAAAAGAAGUGCGUUACGAUGACGAGGACGAAGACGAAGGUCCUCAACCGGACGCGACCCUCGAGCAGGGUCUACCCCUGCCCGUACGGAUGCAGGGAUCCUUCCCCGCUGAACUUUCCUCCACGCCUCUCGAGGACAUCGAUCCGUUCUACCAGAAUCAAACCACAUUCGUAGUCAUAAGCAAGGGUAGAGAUAUCUUCAGAUUUUCGGCGACAGAUGCGUUAUGGAUGUUGGAUCCGUUCAACCCGAUAAGAAGGGUCGCUAUAUACAUACUUGUACACCCUCUUUUCUCUCUGUUCAUCAUAACAACGAUCCUUGUCAAUUGUAUCUUAAUGAUAAUGCCGACCACGCCAACCGUCGAAAGUACUGAAGUUAUCUUUACCGGAAUCUACACGUUUGAAUCGGCGGUGAAAGUAAUGGCCAGGGGUUUCAUUCUACAGCCAUUCACAUACCUUAGAGAUGCAUGGAAUUGGCUUGACUUCGUAGUUAUAGCUUUAGCUUAUGUGACGAUGGGCAUAGAUCUCGGCAACUUGGCCGCUCUUAGAACGUUCAGAGUUCUCCGAGCGCUGAAGACUGUGGCCAUCGUACCGGGGUUGAAGACUAUCGUUGGUGCUGUCAUAGAGUCUGUGAAAAAUCUUCGCGACGUGAUUAUUUUGACAAUGUUCUCCCUAUCUGUAUUUGCGUUAAUGGGCCUACAAAUCUACAUGGGAGUGUUAACGCAGAAAUGUGUAAAAGUAUUCCCCGAAGACGGCAGUUGGGGCAAUUUGACUGACGAGAACUGGGAGAGAUUUUGUCAAAACGAAACGAACUGGUAUAGUGAAAAUGACGACUAUCCAUUAUGCGGGAACUCAUCAGGAGCAGGAACAUGUGAACCAGGCUACAUAUGUUUACAAGGGUACGGACCAAACCCAAACUACGGCUACACGAGUUUCGACACGUUCGGUUGGGCGUUUCUAUCAGCUUUCAGAUUGAUGACGCAAGAUUACUGGGAAAAUUUAUAUCAACUGGUUCUAAGGUCUGCUGGUUCAUGGCACGUGCUGUUCUUCGUUGUGAUCAUUUUCCUCGGCUCUUUCUAUCUCGUGAACUUGAUCUUGGCCAUCGUCGCCAUGUCAUACGAUGAGUUGCAGAAGAAAGCAGAGGAGGAAGAGCAGGCAGAAGAAGAAGCGCUAAGGGAAGCGGAACAAAAGGCAGCGGCUCGAGCGGAUAAGCAAGAAGCGAGAGAACAACACGCUCGCGAGCAAGCCGCCGCGGCGGAAGCAGCCGCAUACGCCGAAGCACAUCCUGCCAAGUCUCCCAGUGACUUCUCCUGCCAGAGCUACGAGUUGUUCGUGAACCAGGAGAGGGGCAAUCAGGAUGACAAUACGAGGGAACGCAUGUCCCUUCGUAGCGACCCCUUCCAGGAUUCGGUGAGCACUCAGCCCACGCACAAGCCUGCCAACGACACCCACCACGACACAGCACGCCGGCAGAGGAAGGUCAGCAUGGUCCCCCAUCCUGAACGCAUUAAUAAAUACGGACAGUUGUCGUAUGGGCCACUGCGGGAGGGCUCACAGGCUUCUUUGUCACUACCUGGAUCACCGUUCAAUUUGCGACGUGGUUCCCGAGGAUCUCAUCAAAUGGCGUUGAGGCCGAACGGGAGGAAUAGGUAUCCACCGGGAGCCGAUCGGAAACCACUUGUUUUAUCAACAUACUUGGACGCACAGGAACAUCUGCCUUAUGCUGAUGACUCAAAUGCAGUUACGCCUAUGUCAGAGGAGAACGGCGCUAUUAUAAUACCAGUCUACUAUGCGAACUUGGGAUCAAGACAUUCCUCCUAUACAUCACACCAGUCUAGGCUGUCAUAUACGUCGCACGGCGAUCUCUUAGGGGGAAAAGCUCAAACCAAGGAGGCCAAACUUAGAGGUCGAUCAGCGUCCAGGAACCACAGCAUUACUUCCCAACCUCACGCCUACGCGCUGCCCAGACAAGAGUCGUCGCUGGUAUCUCGACCAUUAAAAGAAUAUGAAGUUAGUACAACAGAAUGUACUGACGAGGCUGGCAAAGUUCUAAAACAGUCGAAUGAUAAUCCGUUCAUUGCGACAUCGCAGCAGCCAAAUGUCGUUGAUAUGAGAGAUGUUAUGGUACUAAAUGAAAUAAUUGAACAAGCUGGAAGGCAAAGUAGAGCGAGCGAGCAAAAUGUGUCAGUAUACUACUUCUCAACAGCUGAAGAUGACGAUGAAGGGCCCACCUUCAAGGAGAGACUGCUGGAGUGGCUCAUGAAAGGGAUAGACUUCUUCUGUGUGUGGGAUUGCUGCUGGCUAUGGCUGGAGUUUCAGAAAUACGUCGCGCUUUUGGUGUUCGAUCCGUUUGUAGAACUGUUCAUCACGUUGUGUAUCGUGGUCAAUACUCUGUUUAUGGCACUGGAUCAUCACGACAUGGACAAAGAUAUGGAAAGAGCGUUGAAAAGUGGUAAUUAUUUUUUCACUGCUACAUUCGGUAUUGAAGCGAUGCUAAAAUUAAUAGCAAUGAGUCCCAAAUUUUACUUUCAAGAAGGAUGGAACAUUUUUGACUUUAUAAUUGUGGCCUUAUCAUUAUUGGAAUUAGGACUGGAAGGAGUUCAGGGUUUGUCAGUAUUACGUUCAUUCCGAUUGCUACGUGUAUUUAAACUGGCUAAGUCUUGGCCGGCGCUAAACCUUAUAAUAUCCAUAAUGGGUAGGACUGUGGGAGCUUUAGGGAACUUGACCUUUGUACUUUGCAUCAUUAUAUUCAUAUUUGCCGUGAUGGGGAUGCAGUUGUUUGGGAAGAACUACACAGAUUACGUAGACCGUUUUCCUGGUGGAGAGCUCCCAAGGUGGAACUUCACGGAUUUCAUGCACAGUUUCAUGAUAGUAUUCCGAGUAUUAUGUGGAGAAUGGAUAGAGAGUAUGUGGGAUUGCAUGCUGGUUGGAGAUGUUUCUUGUAUACCUUUCUUCUUGGCAACGGUCGUUAUUGGCAAUCUUGUGGUACUUAACCUCUUCUUGGCCCUGUUACUGUCAAAUUUUGGUUCCUCGAGUCUAUCGACGCCAACAGCCGAUCAGGACACGAACAAAAUCGCGGAGGCUUUUAAUAGAAUAUCCCGAUUUAUCGAUUGGAUUGCUAUCCACGCUCCAGAACGAGUCGACAAUGAACUAGAAUUGGGUGCCGAUAUCGAAGACGGGGUCUUAUUCAAAGACAAGAAACUAAAAGAUCAAGUGGAGGUAGCUAUAGGUGACGGAAUGGAAUUUACAAUACCAGGUGACAAUAAAUAUAAAAAAGGAAAUAUAUUGAUGAAUAAUAUCAAUGCUAUAACGGAUAAUCAUACUGACAAUCGAAUAAACAGUGAAAUAAAUCAUCAUGGUUAUCCGAUACAGGAUGAUGAUACAAUUAGUCAAAAAUCUUACGGUAGUCAUAAAAUAAGAUCAUUUAAAGACGAAAGUCAUAAAGGAUCUGCGGAUACGAUAGACGGAGAAGAAAAGAAAGACGCAAGUAAAGAAGAAUUAGGUUUAGAAGAAGAAAUGAUUGAAGAAGAGGAGGAUGGAAAACUUGAUGGCUUAGCAAAAAUAGAUAUAAAGGUGGCCGCAGACGAGGAUGUAGUGGAUCUCACACCAGCGGACUGUUGUCCAGAACCUUGCUAUGCGCGCUUCCCCUUCUUAGCCGGAGAUGACGAGUCUCCAUUUUGGCAAGGCUGGGCAACCCUUAGACUGAAAACCUUUCGAUUAAUAGAAAAUACCUAUUUCGAAACGGCUGUGAUAACAAUGAUUUUACUUAGUAGUUUGGCAUUGGCGUUAGAAGAUGUCCAUCUACCACAUCGACCAAUUCUUCAAGACAUCUUAUAUUACAUGGAUCGUAUAUUCACUGUAAUAUUCUUUAUUGAGAUGUUAAUCAAAUGGUUAGCUCUCGGAUUUCAGAAGUACUUCACCAACGCCUGGUGCUGGCUCGAUUUCAUUAUUGUCAUGUUGUCACUCGUUAACCACGGAGCGGUGAUGGCCGGAGCGGACGACAUCCCAGCGUUUCGGUCCAUGCGCACUUUGCGAGCUCUACGACCCCUUCGUGCUGUCUCCAGAUGGGAGGGCAUGCGCGUGUCGCUUAUAAACUUCGUUGCGGCGCUUUGUGGCGCCGGAGGCAUUCAAGCAUUCAAAACGAUGAGAACUCUCCGAGCCCUUCGACCACUCAGGGCUAUGAGUCGCAUGCAGGGCAUGAGGGUUGUUGUAAAUGCGUUAGUACAAGCCAUUCCAUCCAUCUUCAACGUAUUGCUCGUCUGUCUUAUCUUCUGGCUAAUUUUCGCUAUUAUGGGAGUUCAACUGUUUGCUGGAAAAUAUUUUAAGUGUGUCGACAUGAACCAUACAACUCUGAGCCAUGAAAUAAUUCCCGAUCGUAACGCGUGCAUUUUGGAAAAUUACACUUGGGAAAAUUCACCGAUGAACUUCGAUCACGUCGGAAAAGCUUAUCUAUGCUUGUUCCAAGUGGCAACGUUCAAAGGCUGGAUACAAAUCAUGAAUGAUGCUAUCGACUCGCGAGAGGUCGGCCGCCAGCCCAUCAGAGAAACAAAUAUCUACAUGUACCUAUACUUCGUGUUCUUUAUUAUAUUUGGGUCUUUCUUCACCCUUAACCUAUUUAUAGGAGUAAUCAUUGACAACUUUAACGAACAAAAGAAAAAGGCUGGUGGAAGUCUUGAAAUGUUCAUGACUGAGGAUCAGAAGAAAUAUUAUAAUGCUAUGAAGAAAAUGGGAUCCAAGAAACCAUUAAAAGCUAUUCCUAGACCAAGAUGGAGACCACAAGCGAUAGUAUUCGAGAUUGUGACGGAUAAGAAGUUCGACAUGAUUAUAAUGUUGUUCAUCGGUUUCAACAUGUUAACUAUGACACUAGAUCACUAUCAACAAACAGAAACGUUCAGCCAGAUCCUAGAUUACCUAAAUAUGAUCUUCAUCGUUAUAUUCAGCUCAGAGUGUCUAUUGAAAAUAUUUGCUUUGCGCUAUCACUAUUUCGUUGAACCCUGGAAUCUAUUUGAUUUCGUCGUUGUCAUGUUUUCUAUUCUCAGUCUGGUGUUAAGUGACAUUAUUGAGAAAUAUUUUGUAUCUCCAACUUUAUUGAGAGUAGUGAGAGUGGCAAAAGUUGGUAGAGUGUUGCGUCUCGUAAAAGGAGCUAAGGGUAUUAGAACUCUACUGUUUGCCUUAGCGAUGUCACUACCAGCUCUGUUCAAUAUCUGCUUACUACUUUUCUUGGUCAUGUUUAUUUUUGCGAUAUUUGGAAUGUCGUUCUUUAUGCACGUUAAGAAUAAAGGCGGCCUUGAUGACGUCUACAACUUCAAGACUUUCGUGCAGAGUAUGAUCCUACUCUUCCAGAUGUCAACGUCAGCUGGAUGGGAUGGCGUUUUAGAUGGAAUAAUCAACGAAGAAGAGUGUGAUUUACCAGAUAACGAACGAGGGUAUCCCGGUAACUGUGGUUCUGCGACCAUCGGGAUCACGUACUUACUGUCUUAUUUGGUCAUAUCUUUCCUAAUCGUUAUCAACAUGUACAUCGCUGUCAUUCUCGAGAAUUACUCUCAGGCGACCGAAGACGUGCAAGAAGGUUUGACGGACGAUGACUACGACAUGUACUAUGAAAUUUGGCAAAGAUUCGAUCCGGAAGGAACUCAGUACAUCCGCUACGAACAACUGUCAGACUUCCUCGACGUCCUCGAACCUCCACUACAGAUUCACAAACCGAAUAAAUACAAAAUCAUAUCUAUGGACAUUCCGAUCUGUCGCGGCGACAUGAUGUUCUGCGUGGACAUUCUGGACGCCCUGACCAAAGACUUCUUCGCCCGAAAGGGCAACCCUAUCGAGGAACCAGGAGACAUCGUGGGUCGGCCGGGCGAGGUCGGCUAUGAGCCGGUGUCCUCGACGCUAUGGCGACAACGUGAGGAGUACUGCGCGAGGCUGAUCCAGCACGCUUGGCGGCGGCAUCGGCGCGCACAUUCGCCAGCAGGAGAGGGCGUCGGCGGGGACGGCUCGGGUGGCGAGGGCAGCGCGGGCGGCGCCGAGACGGCCGUGCUACUAGACUCUUCGGGCGGCAGUGCGCACCGCGUGGUGCUGCAGGGAGGCGGAGAGGCUCCCCGCCCGCCUGAGCCUGCGCCGCCGCCCGCGCCCGUCUGA